AUUUUUUUUUUACACUGGCUGGUUAUUCAUCAGGUACAAAGGUUGAAGAAAAACAAAGUGCUGUUUCACCAUAUUAUUUCUUGCCAGCGCACUGAAAAAUCUACGUAUGUGUACAUAUGAUACCUCUCAGAAGCAACCGAAAGGCUCCAAACAUGAAACUCCAUUGGCUUGUGAUCUGGGCUGGAACACUGUUUUUGAAUCCAGUCACUGCUGACUGCAACAUUACAUCCCAAACUGUUACUUGUGAGGAGUCUACAAAGAACCUCUUUAAUAUCUCCCUCAACCUUUUUCAAAACAUUACUAAAUUAAGCCUCAAAAACAAUAAAAUCACUUUAGAAGAUCAUGACAAAGAGAUUCUUGGACGUUUUAUUAGCCUCACUGAACUUCAUCUGAAUGAAAACAACAUUACUGUACUGAACAAUAACAGCUUCUACAAUCUGAAAAAUCUCACCACUCUGGAUAUUAGCAACAAUUGUAUUAGCAGAGUUCAUAAAGCAGCAUUUGCAGGAUUAAAUCAACUCUCAGUGCUGAAUCUAUCCUAUAACAUGAUUGCUCAACUGGAUUCAGAUACAUUUUCUUCUCUAGAAAGCCUAACAGUUUUAAAUCUACAGUAUAAUUUGCUGAAAUAUUUUCAUAUAAAAUCAUCUUUUAAACUGGUUAAAAUUGUUUUAGCUGGAAACCCAUGGAUCUGCUGUGAUCUCCUUGACUUACAGAUAUGGCUAACUGACUCCAAUGUGACAUUGGAAAAUGAAAGCAACACUACAUGUACAUUCCCAAAAAUGGAAAAAAUCUCCAUCAAGAUGGCAGCUAUCCAACCAGCUGACUGCAAAAUUGAAAAUACUCCUUUAGAAAACACUGUAACUUCCACUCCUGCUGUUAAUCUUAGAAGUAGUGCCUUAACAGCUCUGACUACAUACAACAUCACUGGAAACAAUGGAACUCGUGCAGAGUUACCACUUGUUGGCAAAAGUUGGACCUUCCUAGCAGGUGUCCUAGGGUUUGUCCUAGGCACUACACUCCUGAUUUUUACUGCUGUAAAAUGUCCAGCAUGGUAUCACUACUUGAUCAGCUACCGUCACCGUCGACUGGAAGAAAAUGACUCAGAGAUGUUUGAACAGGAGUUUUCAGCUGACCUGAGUCCUUCUCCUUCAAUAUCGGGCACAAGCAGUGAAGAACCCAUUGUAGUAUUUGAGAAAGUUCAUGCAUGUGGAGAUGAAGAAGAUGGAUUUAUUGAGGAUAAAUACAUAGAUAUUUAUGUAAAUGAGGAGCAUUAAUGUCUUAAACAACGGAUGUUGAACUGACAUUUCAAAAACGUAGUACACUUGUACUUCAACUUUAUGCUUUAUUACAUACAGUACAAAAUGAAGUCAUGCAGUCUAUCUCCUUUAAUCUUGCCAAAUCCUUAACAAGAUUUUGCUGCAUCAAUCAUGCAGAGAAAAAAUAGGGUCAUAUGUGUGCAUUAUUGGCACAACAAAUACUUCAAAACUUGCAAAAAAGAUUCUUAAUCCACUUUUUAUAAAAAUGUAUUUGGUUACUUA